AUGACUUCAUCAUCGUAUUGGAACUCAACACCAAUCGGUCGGCCGUUUCAUCUUCGUUUAUGUCAAAAUGAAAAUCUAUCACCGCAAUUAAUUAUCGAAGACAAAGUUAUUCGAUCGAUAGUUCGAAUAAAAAACCUGCCGACAAUCUUAUUGAUUGCGACCUUAAUAUCCGAUGACGAAUCACAACGCUUAACUUAUGUCAUUGAUCGGUUUUUAUUAACAAACGAUGUUACUGAUCAUCAGUUAAUCACUGGAGAAUUUCAGGUGCCUAUUCAAUGUGAUACUAAACAUUCCGCAAUGUUCAAUUCGUGUAUUCAAAGUGCAAUUCAGGAUAUAAAUAAUUAUUGUCAUUUAUCAGUUCCAAUUGAAUUACAUCGGUUUUCGUAUCUUUACGGUCAAAUGUCGAUGAAAUAUUCUUCUCCUAUAAAUAUCGACAUGUCAUUUGAUCUUUUAACAGUAAAAAAUAGUUUUCUAUUAACACCAAUUAAUCCUGCUUCUGUUCAAAUCUUACCAACAGCUUUAUUGAAAAGCCUUAAUUCAUCAACAGAAAAUAGUGUUUAUAAAACUCAAGCACAUUUCGGUUAUUGUAGUUUAGAUCGUAUGUCAAACAAGAAAAUUUUAUUAAUACUUGAGAAUGAUCCACAAGCACAUGGAUUACCACUAGUGGGAAUUUGGAUAUCUGGUAUAACCGAUAUUCAAUGUGCUUUUAUGUGGGCAGUGUGUCUUCGUUAUUGUAUGAAUUCAUCGCUGAAACAGCGUCUUCAAUCUGGAGCAGCACCAUUUCUAUUGGCAUGUUAUCUGUCGACUACACGCGGACGGUGUGAUUUUUAUGAAGUUAAACCAGUACCUGUAGGGUCAGUGCCGAUACAAACAAUUGAGUACGAUCGAUGGAGAUGUUCGAAACAAAUUAGUUUACCUUUACACCAAUUGAAUGCUAAUUGCAGUACAGAAUUUCCUUACGAUUUUGAAUUUCAACUGAUUCGUGAAGCUUCGAAUGAUCCUGCUUUUUCUACGGACAUCCCUUUCGACAGGUAUCAAGCGAUCCUCUCGUCGUCAAAUACCAAUGGAAGUUUAUUUGGUUUUCCUCGUUUACCACCUAAGCAAACUACGCAUGAAGAGCCCUCUUGGGAUAUGAUAACAACAGCACCGAUGUUGACUCCUAAGCGUCAAUCUCAAUCAUCAUGUGCUUCGCCAAAAUCAAAGCAAAUCUGCUCUCCAGCACCAGUGGACGAUAAUGGUGACAAACAGUGGAAAGAGGAGUUAAUCGAACGAAUGCAAUCGUAUGAAGCACAUUUCUUGGCAUUAACGAAACUUGUUCAUCAACUUUUAAAUGAACAAAAACAACAAAAUUUACUAACAACACCAAAAAAAGAAUGUUCGAAACGACACGUUGGCGUACAAAGUGAACCAUCGUCACCUUACGUUUAUGAAUCACUUCCAACCGAUCAAACGAAGCAACUCAUUAUCAGAUCACCAAAUACUGAGCAGUAUCAACAACAACCAGGAAUCAACACCAUGUUAAAUCAUUUAUCUCCUCCUACCACACGAAUUGAUCAUUCACCAUCUUAUUCCGAUCAUAGAUCUGUCGAUAUUCUCAAACCUAUAUUUCAAUACAUUGAUAAACAACAACAGCAAAAAUCAGCACACGGUCCACCUGCUGUUGUAUCACCAAUAACAAACGAGGAAGAUACUAUAACGAUCUCUAACUCCUCCAACAAUUCCAUUCAUCAGCAGCAACAUGUCACGUCAACAAAAACAACUGGAAUUAGUUUCACAUCUAAUGGCAUUCAAAUGCAAUUUAUCAAUCAACAAAGCAGUACAACAACUGUCUACCCACAAGCUCAAUCGCAGACUCUGCUUACUUCUCCUCAAAAGUCUGAAAAUAACCUUUCGAUCGAAGUUCACGCCUUGGAAAUGAAAUAUCUCGAAGAUGAACAGUUAGCUGCAGCUAUCGAAUGCGAUCGACCAUCUCAAGCAACUGCAUCCACUACACAACCACAACCAUCACCUCCUCAAAUCACGAACAAAACUUAUUUGUUACAUUUGUCCUUUUCGCACAUUGAAGGAAUAAAUUCCCAAAAUUCGCCAUUCUCGACUCUGGCACGAAAUCGGCAAGCAAAAAUACAUUUCCGAACACUCCUCAUUCGACUUAAACUAAUAAAGUUCAACUUUAUCGUUCAAUGGUCGCAAGUCAUCUUUACACUGGUCGAAUCAAUAUUCAUUCAUGAAGAUAUUUGA